ACCAAAGCCCGCAACGACCCCAUCACUCCUUUCCCUCCUCAUCGUCCUUGAGACCACCCCCAGGCAUUCAUUGCGCGGCGUUGGAGCGUCGUUGCCGUGACAUUGGCCUUACCUGACCCCGACAAGCAACUCAGGCCCCGGACACAUCAACCACAAUGUCAGCCGCUUCGGUGCUUUCGCGCGCCUCGAGAGGUGCUGCGACCAGACGCGCAUGGACACAGCUCAGAUCACAGCCGACUGUUGCAAGCAGAAUACCCGCCCUCUCCGCCCUCGCCAGAUACUAUGCCUCCAAAUCUUACCCAUCACAUACGCUCAUCUCAAUGCCGGCGCUCUCGCCAACGAUGACAGCAGGAAACAUUGGCGCAUGGCAGAAGAAGCCUGGUGACACACUCUCGCCCGGUGAUGUCCUGGUGGAGAUUGAGACCGACAAGGCACAGAUGGACUUCGAGUUUCAAGAAGAGGGUGUACUUGCAAAGAUUCUGAAGGAUUCGGGUGAGAAGGAUGUGGCAGUGGGCAAUCCAAUUGCCGUUUUGGUUGAGGACGCCGGCGAUGUUGAGGCUUUCGCCGAUUUCUCCGUCGAGGAUGCUGGUGGUGACAAGGCUCCAUCUGAGAGCAAGAAGCAGGGUGGCCAAGAGGCCGCUGAGUCUUCGGAGCCAGCAGACUCUAGCUCCGGCACCGCACCACCAGCAUCAAAGGGAAGUGAAGCACCAAAGUCACACGAAUCGGAAUCCUCAGGUGAGCGAUUACAGCCAGUGCUUGAACGUGGCCCGGUCGUUGGUCCAGCGAUCGCCAAGCUUGCUCUCGAGAAGGGCGUCUCGCUCAAGGACAUCAAGGGUACCGGCCCAGGUGGCAGCAUCACACGAAAGGACGUCGAGAACGCUAAGCCAUCUGCUGGUGCCUCUGCAAUCGCCGGCGCUGGAGCUGCCGCAUCCUACGAAGAUAUCGAAGCCACAAGCAUGCGCAAGACCAUCGCCUCCCGCCUGACACAAUCCAUGAACCAGAACCCACACUACUUCGUGGCAUCCUCGGUCUCCGUCACCAAGCUCAUGAAGCUCCGCGCCGCUCUUAAUGCCUCCGCCGAUGGCAAGUACAAGCUCUCAGUCAACGACUUCCUCGUCAAGGCUCUCGCAUAUGCCGCCCGCAAGGUCCCAGCCGCCAACAGCUCAUGGCGUGAGGAGAACGGCAAGGUCUUCAUCCGCCAGCACAACGCUGUCGAUGUCUCGGUUGCCGUUGCCACCCCAGUCGGCCUUAUGACACCGAUUGUGAAGAACGUGACAGGCACUGGCCUUGAAGCCGUCUCUUCUACAAUCAAGGAUCUUGGGAAGAGGGCAAGAGACGGAAAACUCAAGCCAGAAGAAUACCAGGGUGGCACCAUCACCAUCUCGAACAUGGGCAUGAAUGAUGCCAUCGACCGAUUUACCGCCGUCAUCAACCCACCACAAGCCACUAUCCUCGCCGUCGGAGCAGUAAAGAAGGUUGCAGUGCCAAAGGAGCUCGAGGAUGGCACCGAAGCAGUUGAGUUCGACGAUCAAAUCGUCCUUACUGCUUCUUUUGACCACAAGGUUGUGGAUGGUGCCGUUGGCGGUGAGUUUAUGAGAGAGUUGAAGAAGGUCAUCGAGAAUCCACUGGAGCUUCUCCUAUAA